UCUCUUGUGAGGUACUGCAAGGCUGUUUUGCUUUGUCUGAGAUUCUCCAUCAUAUCCCACAGUGAUGGGUUACCCAGCUCUGUGGCAGUUCAGGGCGAUGAUCAUCUGCACUCUACCUGACAGCUGGCCGCUGCUUGACUACACUGACUAUGGUUGCUACUGUGGGCUGGGAGGCUCCGGCACACCUGUGGAUGAGCUUGACAGGUGCUGUCAGGUGCACGACCAGUGCUACAGUCAAGCCAUGCAGCAUGACGAUUGCUGGCCCAUCUUCGACAAUCCCUACACUGAAAUAUACAGCUACAGAUGUGACAAGGCCAGCAAGACCAUCACCUGUCUGAAUAACAACAACGCCUGCGAGACGUUCAUCUGUGAGUGUGACAGGAAAGCAGCCUUGUGCUUUGCCAAGGCAGAUUAUAAUGAAGGAAAUGCCCACCUUCCCAGUGACCGCUGCAAGUGAGCCGAGGGAUGCAGGGAUACGCA